ACCGGGUACAAACACAAAAAAUAUUAUAUUUUAUUGUCAACUUCAUAUCGCCAACGUACGUCUGCUUUUAUUAGUGAUUUUCACGAUUUGUUAAAAUUCUGGUAUUUAUUUCAUUUCAUAGUUGGACUUGAUUAUAAUCAACAAUGUCGGAUCUUGACUUAAUGAACAGAGAUCCGAAUAAUCUGAACGACCACUUAAAGGUUGCCUUUGAAGAUAUUCUCGCGGAACCUGACGGUGUUCGUAGUAUUGACUGCGUGUGGAAGCUGUCGUUCUCGUGCUUCAACUUCUGGCUUGGCGUGUGUUACAAGCUCAGCACACUGUGCUGUGGUAUUUGCUUGGCCGCCGAAUGGGCGUGCGAGUUCGCCGAAGUUGCCUUCUACCAUAUCUGGUUUAUAACACCUUCAUUGCGGUUGAUGGAAAUCAACUGCGAGGUUUUCAAGAAGUGUCAUCAGACGAUAUGUGCCUGCUGUCUGGAGCCGUGCUGUUUAGCAUGUGGGAAAAUAUUUUCAGCGUUCGAGAAGCGUUAGAACUUUGUCAAGGGACAUGCGCUGUUGCUAGGAAACCACGCACGUUUUUCUACCUUUAAAUCAAUGUUUUUAUGGACAUUCUUUGAACCAAAGACUUUCUUUGUAAAUAUAUAUGUAAUGUUUAUAGACAUAUUGGUGGCGUUUCAAAUAUAACCUUUUUGACGGAUUUGUUUAAAGAUGCAUGUACUUUGCUCAUCCUUGAGUAAAAUAUUUUAAUGGCAGAAAAAUUUAUAGAAAUUUUUGAAAUUAUUACUGAAUAUGUCUAAUUGUAAUAAAAGAAUAAAUAAACUAUGUAUGGGAAUCUGCAAUCCCUA